AGUGUGUGUGUGUGAUAUGUAGGAUGGAUGCCAGGUUAGAUUUCUUUGGGUCCUAUAAAUAGCAGUCACACUUCCAUUUUCUUCAUAUCCUACCAACUUCACAGGGUCUCUGUGUUCUUUAGCCCUUACUCCGUUCUUAGUCUGUUUGGGUGGUUCGUUAAUUGGCUGACAAAUUAAGAAAGCAAAGUAAGUGACAGUUAUGGAGAACACAAAUCGAGUGGUUGGUUCAUCUUCGUCCUUUACUUUGGAUCUCUUUGGUCCCAAGGAGCCUUCAUCGUCCUCUGAACUAUUUGGCUCUGUUUUUGGACCGCCAUCCAUGGGGGCAGGGAAGCACUCCUCACAUGCUGGAAUUGUGGAACCAUUGAGGAAACAGGACCUCGGAAUCCAAUAUGGCAAUGCAAAACAUGGAACUCCAGUUCAGGAGAGAAGAUUAUCCAAAUGGAAGCAAUUUGAACGACGCCUCGAGAGGAGAUUGGUGGCAGGGAUCUCUCUACUACUAAGCCCUUGCCUCUGUCAUGCAAAUUAUACAUCCACUCAUCAUGGGAUGGUAAUGCUACAAUCUACUUUUGGAUUUUGGAGCAAAAAGAUGGUUACUAUAUUAAAGCUGAAAACAGCCAAGAUUUUGCUGUAUCUUUCAUUUUUAAAAAAUUUUGAACUCUGCAAGUGUAUCUGGGCAAAGUCUUCUGUAGUGUCAUCACUCUGCAGGAAAAAGAAAUAAAUAAACAACCUCUAUUGGAACUUCUA